CCCCUUGCACUUAAAUGGCUGUUGAAUUGAAAAUAAUGUCCUGGCCGUGUGACCACCUUCUCCAGCCUUUUGCAUCUGGCCACAGAAAAUAAAUUGUCCGUCCAGCCGAGGGUGCUGACCUUACAGGGGUAAAGGGGCAGCUUUCUAUCCAUCCACCAUACUCCCCCGGGCCCCAGGACCCUGCAGACCCUUGGACACACACACACUCGGAUCUUCCAGGGGAAGCGUCAGAGGCUAUUGCCCCUAUCUUUCUGGCUGUCUGUCUCCGUCUAAGUUUUUCUUGCAUUUUCUAUAAAGAACAGGAGGAAGUAGGUAGCUGGUCUUCACCCAGGGAAGGCAGGUCUGCUGGUGCGUUUUGCUUCUUGUUCUGGUCUCUAAGACUUGCUUUUCUGGUUGAAGUUUGCUGCUCUCUCAACAAGUAACAGCUUGCAGCAGAGAAGUUCACUCCAAAAUGAAGGCACAGAAAGAUAAGAGAGGAAUGUGGGGAAACCAGUGUGUCUAACUUUAGGCUGAUUUUUGUUGUAAGGCAAUCACAUCUAUUGCCUAAAUGAGAAGUGUUUCGAUUGCCCAUGUUAAAAAAGGAAAGACCUUAUGUCUGGUUGCUCUGAAACAAGCAGUAAAAAGUCACCCUAAAAGAUAGGUUAUUUUCUUUAUGUACAAAACAUUUUUAAAUAACUAAACCUCAAAGCAUUUUAGAAAUUGUAAGGAUCUUCAAGUCAAACAGUUCACUGCCAUGUUAUGAGUUUGACUAUGAAGAUUUAUGUUAAUAGAAAUUCUUAGUGAAGGCUGCUGAGAGUUUCGCGUGUAUGGUUUUAAGAGUUUUAUUUCAUAUUGGCGUUGCAACAUUGUCAAGGAGGCCUCCCAGUGUGGUCUCUGAAGUUAGAAAGACCUGGAUUUCCAUCUGGGCUCCACCAUCUAACAAGAUGCCUAACCUCUCAGAGCCUUUUGUCCUCAUUUCUAAGGGGGAUUGCUGAGAGGAUGAAGGAGGUAACACAAGGAUGGUAAUUAAAUACAGAGUACAUCACGUAGUAAGUACAUAAUAAAAGACACCUGAGGCUGAGGAGGACUGUGGGUGAGUGGUUAGCCCGAUAUAACCAUUGGGUGACAUUGCCCAUGCAAGAGAUCUUCGUGUACGUAUGCCUCUGUGCUUUGGGAGGUACAAGCAUUACGUCAGUGGGAUCCUUCUGGUCAUAAAAAUAUAAGGAGCUAUUUCUGAACUCUUGAAUUUGACUUGAACAAAUAAAAUCUGUCCUAAGCCUGUUGGGAUUUGCAGUGUUUACCUAUUUUGUAUGUUUUGAGAUUCUCAUAUGCUUACAAAUGUAAACAGUUUCAAAAGAACACAAAACUGGUAUGACACUGGUGGUUUAAUUAUUGCUUAUUAUUAAAAAUAGUGUUCUUCAGAUGUCAACAUAGUCUUGACUUAAUAUUGCUUUGGGUAGGUUAAAGGGAGAAACUGAGCCCUGGAGCUAAUUUUUCACUUGGCCGUUUUCCACUCAAAAGUGUGAGGCCCAGACCGGCAUCACCUGGAGUUUGCUAUGAAGGCAGGGUCUCCACCUCCACCCCAGACCUGCUGAAUCGAGUCUGCAUGAGAAUAAGAUCCCCAGGGGCUUUGUGUGCACUUUCAGUUAGAGAAGCCCUUUCUUAGGAGUUUGAGUGCAUUGUUGUUUCUCAAAAAUAGGCCUUAUGAAAACAUGGAUUUCUCAUAAGCUGUCUUUACCCAGUAAGGUGAAGAAGAUUUGUUAUCUCUUAAAUGACUGAUUUUUGUUUUAAAUCUUAAAAUAGCCAGGAGAGGUGCUAUCAUUUGCUUUCUGUUUAAGCAAGAUGGCGUUUUAAGUUCUGCCAAUUUUGGAUUCCAGUGUUCCUGUUUACCCUUGAAACAUUUCCAUUUUGAUACUUCAUCGCUUCUUUCACCCUAGUUCCUUCAACGAGGGGAAAACUAUGGCCUUGAAGUUCUCACCCCUGUCUGUGGGCUUUGUAUGUCUGUCACUCCUGUUUUAAAUCUUUUGCCAAAGACACCUGCAUUUGCCACGAUGCUCUCAUCCAGUGACUUUGCAUCUGCUUCUUGGGAACUCGUGGUCCGAGUUGACCAUCCUAAUGAAGGGGAGCAGAAAGACGUCACACUGAGGGUGUCCGGAGAUCUGCAUGUCGGGGGAGUGAUGCUCAAGUUAGUAGAACAGAUCAACAUAUCCCAAGACUGGUCAGACUUUGCCCUUUGGUGGGAACAAAAACGUUGCUGGCUUCUGAAAACACACUGGACUCUGGACAAAUAUGGAGUCCAGGCAGAUGCAAAGCUUCUCUUCACCCCUCAGCAUAAAAUGCUUCGCCUCCGCCUGCCCAAUGUGAAGACGGUGAGAUUGCGAGUCAGCUUCUCGGCUGUGGUUUUUAAAGCUGUCAGUGAUAUCUGCAGAACCCUGAAUAUUAGAAGAUCAGAAGAGCUUUCCUUGUUAAAGCCUUCUGGUGACUAUUUUAAAAAGAAGAAAAAAAAAGAUAAAAAUAAUAAGGAGCCCAUCAUUGAAGAUAUUUUAAACCUGGAGUGUUCGCCGACAAUUUCAGGUCCACCAGUAAGUCCUGGCUUAUACAGUAAAACCAUGACUCCCACAUAUGACCCCAUCAAUGGAACACCAGCGUCAUCCACCAUGACUUGGUUCAGUGACAGCCCUUUGACCGAACAAAACUGCAGCAUCCUUGCAUUCAGCCAACCCCCCCAGUCACCAGAAGCGCUUGCUGAUAUGUACCAGCCUCGGUCUCUGGUUGAUAAAGCCAAGUUUAAUGCUGGUUGGCUGGACUCCUCACGUUCCCUUAUGGAACAAGGCAUCCAGGAGGAUGAGCAGCUGCUGUUACGAUUUAAAUACUACACUUUCUUUGACUUGAAUCCCAAAUACGAUGCUGUCCGAAUAAACCAACUCUAUGAACAAGCCAGGUGGGCCAUUCUCUUAGAAGAAAUUGACUGCACAGAGGAAGAAAUGUUGAUCUUUGCAGCACUGCAGUAUCACAUUAGCAAACUGUCAUCAUCAGCUGAAAUACAGGAUUUUACAAAUGAGUCUGAGGUGGAUGAAGUGGAAGCAGCGCUUUCUAAUUUGGAAGUGACCCUAGAAGGUGGAAAAGCCGACAACGCUUUGGAGGACAUUACUGAUAUCCCUAAACUUGCAGAUAAUCUCAAAUUAUUUAGGCCCAAGAAGCUAGUAUUGAAAGCUUUCAAACAAUAUUGGUUCGUCUUUAAAGAUACGUCUAUAGCCUACUUUAAAAAUAAAGAACUCGAACAAGGAGAACCAGUGGAAAAACUUAAUCUUAGAGGCUGUGAAGUUGUGCCAGAUGUAAAUGUAGCAGGGAGAAAAUUUGGAAUCAAGUUACUAAUCCCUGUUGCUGAUGGUAUGAAUGAGGUGUAUCUGAGAUGUGACCAUGAGAAUCAAUAUGCCCAGUGGAUGGCUGCUUGCGUCUUGGCAUCGAAGGGCAAAACCAUGGCGGACAGCUCUUACCAGCCAGAGGCCCUCAACAUCCUUUCCUUUCUGAGGAUGAAAAACCGCAACUCAGCAUCUCCGGUGGCUUCCAGUCUGGAAAACAUGGACAUGAAUCCGGAAUGUUUUGUGUCACCUCGAUGCGCAAAAAAACACAAGUCAAAACAGCUGGCAGCCCGGAUUCUGGAAGCCCACCAGAACGUGGCCCAGAUGCCCCUGGUCGAAGCCAAGCUGCGGUUCAUCCAGGCGUGGCAAUCUCUACCUGAAUUCGGCCUCACCUACUACCUUGUCAGAUUUAAAGGAAGCAAAAAAGAUGACAUUCUGGGAGUUUCCUACAAUAGGUUGAUUAAAAUCGAUGCAGCCACUGGGAUUCCAAUUACAACAUGGAGAUUCACAAAUAUGAAACAGUGGAACGUAAAUUGGGAAAUCCGGCAGGUGGCGAUCGAGUUUGACCAGAAUGUCUCCAUUGCGUUCACCUGCCUGAGUGCGGAUUGCAAGAUCGUGCAUGAGUACAUCGGUGGCUACAUUUUCUUGUCCACUCGCUCCAAGGACCAGAAUGAAACGCUCGACGAGGACCUGUUCCACAAGUUGACUGGCGGUCAGGAGUGAAGCAAAGCAGGCCUGCUGGGCCUACACACAAAGGGCGAGGCAGAGGUGGUCCUCCCUGCAAGAUGGGAUCCGUGGCUUGCACAGUGUGUAGAUUCCAGACUCACAGACAACGUAUAUUCACCAUCAGUCACCCAGAUCCUCGCCUCAUUUCAAACACUGCCUAGCACAUCCCUUUCCUUACUUUGCUCUGUGCUAUCAGCAGUGGAAGGGGCCUCAGUUGCCUUUUCUGUAAAAUGGGUAGGUGGGAAAGAGGACAGUGCUCUAAGAUUGCUCUAAGGCCCAGCAUGUAGCUACAGUUCUGUGACUUGUAGAACCUGCCCGUUGCAUGGUUAGAAGUUGUCCGUGUACUUAUCUGCUUUGUUGCUAAGUCUGCGGAGAAGACAGAAAGGUUAAAAGCACAUAUAGCAAGGACACCUCUUAUGCCACAAACUCAGGUACGAAAAAAAAGUAUGUCUUUCCUUAACAGAACUGCUUUUAGCUCCUAUCUUGUGAAAAUGGCAGGAGUCCACACGUACACUUUUUCCCUGGAGGUCGAGGUCUGGGGAUGGUACCAGUUGGUGACAAGGGGUCAGAGCAGUGGCCCUCAAUGUCAUCAGUCCACAGUGACAUCUACCGAGGUGACCACUGACCCGUCUGGUCUUGGACAUUGGUUCCCUCAGGUUACUGCGACCACCUGCAAGUCGCAGUCCAUUCCUGGGGAUCCCUCAGCCACCUUUAAGUCCUUCUUGAUGACAUGGGUGACACAGAGGUACAGGGAAACCCAUUCCUCAACUCAGUUCCAUGUCUGCACUGCUUCUACUCUGGGUUGGGGCUCAGGAAGAUGGGCACAGUUCUCUCUGUUCAGAAAAACCACCUUCCAAGAUUGAGGCUUCCAGAGAUGUCUCUAUCCCAACUGGUCAGGAAGAGGAGGGCAGGCCCGUUCUCAAAGACCACCAUGUUCAAGGUCCCAUGGCUUCCCCACUGGCAUCCGUCUACAGGGCUUUUGGCUGGUCUAGGGUGUGGGAAAGCCUUGCCCUUAUCAUUCAUCAGUAUUCUGGAUUUGGUGUCCUUUAGGGGAAAAGCCUUUCUUUGGCUUUUGUAAAUCAACAGCCCAUAAUGGACUUUUUUUUUUCUCUGAGACAUGAGCAUGGGCCAAUUAACAGCUGCCUCAAUUAUUUUCUGUUUUGGUUUGUCAGCAAUGGGAGGAGUGGGUUUUGAGAAGAUAAGCAAUACUAGGGGUAGAGGGAAAUAUCAGAGUAUUUUAUUAUGUUAUUAUAAAUAUUCUUCUGUCACCCAAAGGACUGAGUUGCAAGGGUAAGGCAGAGGCUCCGUUUCCAUUUUGAAGUUCCUUUAGGAUGAGAAUCUCAGGGGGCCUGGCCAGAGUCCAGAUGCUCCAAAACAUUAGCUGUUGCUUUAUAUUCCAACAAAGCCAGUUGAGAAGAGAGAUCUCGGCAAAUUCCAGGAGCCUCAUGGAGACAGAGUUGGCUAGGGAGCCCCAUGCCCUGAGCCAGAAGUUGUCUCUGGAAAUUCCUCUUUCAGCCUCUCCUUAGAGGUGAGUGUUAAUGAAGACUCCCCAGGCACUAGCUGAACUUCCGAGGCCCAGCUUAAAGCUCAGAGUCAGCACUUGGAAAAUCUGAUCUAUAUCAUAAAGAGCUUAAUUUGAAAUGUUUUAUAUAGAAACUAGUGCAGAGCAUACUGUUUUAAACAUGGUGCUGGUCAUUUUUCAAUAGCGCUGGGCUCCAUUAUUUUAGAACCUAGUCAAGUCUUUAAGAUUACAGUGGGUCCUACAUUAUAAAAUAAUGCUCCUUGAUGUCUCAUUUGACCUGUCUGCUGCCAAGUGCAGCUCUGCAUAAUUUACCAAAGCUAGACCUUCAGUGCAACCCUCUUUCUCAGCAUUUCAUGGUUGUCUGACAUUUCCAUGAAAACGCUCAAAGGAGCUGACUGGUUUUAACCAAAUUUCAGGGGAACAUUUCUCCCACGACUACAUAGCCACAUCCCAAAGGAGUAAAGUGUGACAAGAAAACCUUAAAUGCUGCUAUUCCAAAGAGCAACUUAAGGACUUUUUUUUUUUUUUUUUUUUUUACAUUGGGUACAAAAACCUUCCGACUUCCUGUGAUGGAAUUUUGUGUGUGUGUGUGUGUGUGUGUGUGUGUGAGUGAGAGAGAGAGAGAAAGAUCAGCCCUGAGCUAACAUCCGUGCUAAUCCUCCUCUUAUUUUGCUGAGGAAGACCGGCUCUGAGCUAACAUCUAUCGUCAAUCCUCCUCCUUUUAUUUCCCCCAAAGCCCCAGUAGAUAGUUGUAUGUCAUAGUUACAGAUCCUUCUAGUUGCUGUAUGUGGGACGCGGCCUCAGCAUGGCCAGACAAGUGGUGGGUCGGUGCGCGCCCAGGAUCCGAACCCCGGGCCGCCAGUAGCGGAGCGCACGCACUGAACCGCUAAGCCACGGGGCCGGCCCUGGAAUUUUAAAUUAAUACGUGCCUUUCAACUUUGUUUGCUUACUUAUCUAUACUAGAUGGGGAAAUCGCCAUUUGUUAUUUUAUAUGACUUUUUUAAUUAAAAGGUUUAUAUGGAUUUGA